CUCCGGACCCUAACGGCCACCAACCGCCGCGCUCCCCUCAGCGCCGGGCGGGCGGCUGGACUCACCGAAGCGCAAGGGCUGGAGGUGGCGCUGGGGAUUUUCACAUCUGGUUAAUGCAGUCCUCAGUUCAGCUUGGAAUGGGCUUGCUUGUUCUGGACUUUGUGAACCUUGAAGCUGAAGUCAUGUGAUGCAAUGAUCUAAGUUCAGUACAGAAGAGUCUGUUGGGCUGCCAAAGCCCAAAGACAACCUACAGCAAUUCUGAGUCGUGGAAGACACAUAGCAACCUUUGGGAUUAUUGCUUAGCAACUGCAAACACAGAGGAGUAAAACUCACAGCCCGGCUCCACAGCAGGUCUGAGAAAUCCCUAAUUCACUUUAAGAUUUUUAAGGUUGUGAACAGAUGGGCAUAUAUUAAAUUCCAGUUCAUUUGAAAGCCACUUUGAAAGCAGGAAGAAUAAGAUCUAGUUUGAUACCUACUCCAAAGCUAUCGAAGGAUGGCUCUUCAGCCAGCAGCAGCCCAAACUGCAGGUCUGCAACACCCCAAGCCUGGAGGUGAGAAUAUGACUGCCACGGAAAUGAAGAGAAAACAGGGGAAUGAUGAGCUGCCAUGUCUUAGUAUUUAUCCUCUGUGGAAAGAGUGCUGUUAUAAAAAGGUACAGCAGAGGUGUCUGAGUCUGCAGGAGACAAAAGUGAAGAUGGUUCGUGAGCAAAAGGUAAAAGAAGAAAAGGUAAAUAAGAGAGAACCCUGUGACUUGCUGUCCAGAGAGUGGUUCAAUAAUGAGAAGGUGUCACUAGAUACUCGUAUCUAUUUGCUUGAAAAACUCCUACCUACAUUAAUCCCAGGAAUUGAAAAACUGUUAAUGGAAGUUGAAAGAAAGAAUGUGCUUGCAGCAGAAGAGCCAACCCAGUUCAAUCCCCUUAUCUUCCUUGGUGAAUAUCUGAUGAGACAUAACCCCCAGUAUGGCAUUCCUACAAAACCAGACCCAUACCUGAGAGGAUUGAAGGUGGUCACAGAGGAGCUAAAAUCUGAGAUGGCCGGUACAGCAUCAGAGAGGCUGGCCAGGAUGAAGGCUGAGGCAAAGGUCAAACGUAAGGAAAGGGAGGAAAUAGAAAAUAUGAAGUUUCAGGUGAAACUGAUGAGAAAGGAGGCGCUGGCAACUCAGUUCGAAGAGUGGACAGUGGAUGUCAGUGGCAGAAUACCAAUUGCACUGGUUCAGAGUGCCCUGAGGACUUUUGCAGAUGUCAUUGCUUCUACAGCCACAGAUGUGAGAAAAAGUAAGUUUUUGAUGAAGCUGGAAAUCGUAGACACUUUGGAAAAAAAAGUAAACAUAGACGAAUUCGCAGAGUAUGUCCAUUCCUACACUGAACAUUUUCCAGAUGACCUGUUCCAAGAAAUGCUGAAGCAUCUCUGUCAGUGUGCUGAUGACUUUGGAGAAGCAAUAAGACAUGAUAUGUGGAGGCAAAUGUUUACUUUUCUCUUCAUAGAUUGUGAUUAUGCAAAGGUUGGUCUCUUGAACAGACCAAAAAUACUUGCCCUGUUGAUAGACUUCUACAAAAGAAGCCCAGUGAGUGCUCAGGGGGGAUUCUGUAACCCAAGACAGUGGCCAAUAAUAGAGCUGCAAGAGAUUAAGCCUGCACAUUUAUGGGGAGGCUUUGGUGACCAGGAGAUUUGUGAAGAACUCAGUGAAAAGCUAGUCUUGUCUCAAACUGAGAGAGAGAUUUUAGCUGGACCAAUAGCUGAUGAUGGACAAGGCAGCAAUGCAGUGAGAACUAGUGUCACAGAAGGUCUUUCUGAACCAAAGGGCAUGAGUGAAGCUGAGACUGGAGGAAUUCCUGAGGAAGAAAACCAAGCAGCAGAAUCAAAUGAUGCUGAAGUGAGAGAGGAAGGUGAGGAUGCUGUGUCAGAGCUGGAAAGCACUGAUUUGAAAGUUGGAGACUUGGAUGGAGGUACCAUAGUUAGUGGGAAAUCCAGCGUCCCUGAAGACAUACAAACUGAGGAGCAAACUGAGUCUGUAAGUGCAGUCACUCAGGAGGAAGUUGUCUCUGAAUCAGCCUCCACUGAGUACAGUCUCAGUAGAGAUGGAGAAGCUGGAUCUGAAAAUCAGGUGGAGGAAGAGGAAUUUAGCCUGGAAAGAGAGCCUGCUACAGAAAAAAAUGGGGAAGGAGAUUAUCCUGUCUCAGACAGAGAACCUGGCUCAGAAGAGCAAGCCAGUCAGGAGGAGGAGAACUGGACUGCAGAGACAACGAACACAGCUUCAGAACCAACACCUGAAGCUGCAGCCAUGACCUCAGAAGACAGAGCUCUGGCAGACACAGAAAUCAUGGCUCCAAAAGAGGAUGCUGCAGUUGCAGAGGUUGUGAAAGAAAGCCCUGCAAGAAAAGAGAGUGUUUCUGAGGAGCAUGGAAGCCAGAUUGGCCAACAGGCAAGUCUGCAGGAUAGGAGCCUUCUCCAAGACCAGGGUGAAGGUCCGGCACCCACAGACAGACAGGAUUCCCUAGCUGAAGAUAGCCAGGAGGUUGAAGUGCCAUGGUCAGGUGACUUUCUGACUCAUGACCUAAGUUCCAGAUUUAGCAGCUGUGGAGAGAGAAUUCUAGAGGACUGGAAGUGUGAGGACACAAGAUUUGCAGACUUACAUCCCAUCAUGGCAGAGAUUCAGAACCAUUGGGCUUCUCAUACGAGGAGUGCCUUUGAUGAAAGCAGCCUCAACCUGCCACAGUUUGUACAGCUCAUGGAGACAUUUGUUGGUGAAGAGGUUUCUCUAACUACUGUGAAGAGGCUUAUUGGCUUCAUCAAAAGAGAAUAUAAACAGACAGAAGAAGAAAAAAGGAAACAACUAGAAAAAGUUCACCACAGCUCUCGCUUGGCCCAGCGGAAACUGCUUUUGGAGGCACUUUUUGAAAAGUGGGACAACAAUGCAUCUGGGUUUCUGGACCUGGAGGAGGUGGAUGCUGUUCUGAGCACCUUCAAGGAAGGGGUGGAAAAAGAGACCUUGAGGAAGGCAAAGAAACACCUCUGCUCCCGUUACCCACAGCUCAGCAGAGUGGGGAAGCUAUCCCCAAAGGCAUUCCAGACUCUCCUUGAGUUACUUGCUUCUGAGCUCGGUGGCAAUGAGGAUGAAGCUAUUGAUAACUUGGUGGAAUUUCUGAACACAAGUGUGGAACAAAGUCACACAGAGUUCUUGCAAAGCUCAGCCAGGAGGAAGUGGCUGCACAAUAUCCAGCAGGCAGCAGAGACCAGUGGAGGAAGCAUAGAGCUGGUUUACGAAGCAGUGUUUAAGGCCCUCUCCCAGGAUGCAGAAGCCCAUGGGGAUAACAAGAAGAUCAGUGCAUAUAUUGCCCUUUUGGAAGAGAACCAGCUCACACCAGAGCAGGACCAGAUUCUCCUACACUAUGUGGCGUGUACCGCUGAUGAUGCUCCAUAUGUUCUAAACCAAACACUUCACAGAGACAUGAAAGGAGUAAGCUUUGCAGCUGUUGAAGAGGGAAAGCUAAUCCAUGUUCCAAGAGUUCAGCUCCAUGGAAAUAUCCACUUCUGGAACCAUGACCGCCCAGUGGAGGAGAGAAAAGGUUCAUUCCUGGUACUGCCAUUACAUGAUGCUCACUGGAGAGUCUUUGGCAUUCUAGGACUUGACACUCUUCGGGACCAGUGUGAGACAACCAUCUUUCUGACCCAUGAGAUCAGUUUCUAUCAGGGAGUUUCUUACGCAUUCAGCAAAGCUUACCACCAUGUCUGCACACUGGAAAAUGUUCUACAAAUGACUGGUACUGCUCUGGACUGGUUGUAUACCCGGGCACCCAGCAUCCACACUGUUACUAUGUACCUGGUGGAGCCUGGCAAAGACAAGGCACAGAACUACACUUUGCGCAAGAUGAUUUCUAUAGAUAACACAGGAAAAAAGGAAAUUCAUAGCUCUCCUGUUCUCCUCAGAAAAGAAAACCUCUUAAGAGAUUACCUGUAUAAGUGCAUAGACAGUUCAGGAGUCAUUCACACUUCUGUCUACAGAGAAUAUCAUAUUGCGGUACCUCUCCGUGAUCUAUCGGGGCAAGCUCUUGGCCUAUUUGACAUCAACAUUGGACACAAGCAGAAAUUACCACCUCCUGAACACAAAGACCUGCAGAAAAUGCUAAAGAUAUCCCAAGCUGCCUUCUCUGAGAUACUGAAGACAGCUUUAGAGGAAACAGAACCAACCUAUGUACUGGAGCCAGAACACGAGGCAAAUAUGAGGUAUGCAGGGAUUCUGUUCCACUGGUGCAUGCUGCAGGACCUGCGUGAGUGUGUCUGGAAACUCAGUGCAGAGAGCUUUGCUGACAUAAAGAGCUAUGUAGAACCACCAGCUCUGGUCCAUAGCAUAGUUAAGGCUGUGCUCUUGCUUUUCCAUCCAGACUGGAAGGGCUCAGAGGAGACUGAGAGCUGGAGUCAGUUGAAAUUGAAACUUGAUGACAGUUUGAUUCAGGAGAUUUAUUGUUUUGAUCCAACUGCUGCAUCUGUGCAAGUUCAAGCAGAGCUGCUGCUGGACUGCAUCACUGGUGUAUCUCGAGCAGCAGUGUGGGAGCACGGCUCAGCUCCCAUAGAGUACCUGUAUCACUGGGUACAAACCUGCCUGGCGCUGGUGGGGAGCACAAGGAGUUUAUACAGCAGAAAGAAAACCUUUUUAGCCCCUUCUGGCAUCAAGUUGCAGUGCACCACCAAGUAAACCUUAAUUCCUCACCUCACCCUAGUAAUUCUGCUGUUUCACAUCCUUUAUUAAACUAAAUGUGAGGGUUCUUACGUUGUUUGUUAGCCAUAGCCACCAAGUCUUUGUUGUUAACAUGGUGGGAACUCUGCUAGGGAUUAGAAAAAGCUAUAAACAUGUUGAAGGAAACAAUUUUGUUAGUAUAGCUACUUAUUUUAAAACCUAGAUUAAAGAGGUUUUGUUGAAUUUGUGUUUGUUUGGUUGAAUUAAUCCUGAUGGGAAAAGGGGAGAGGCACAGAUGUUGUGAAUAGCAAGCUGCAAU